CCACAGUGAUGGCAACAUAUCACGCCUGGAUUCAUUACUAGAUGUGAAGAUAGACAGAAUGUUGUAUGAGAAGCCAGAUGUUCUGAAACCCCCGAGAAGUGAUGUCUUGUUGGUGACUGCUUGGCUUGCCCCAAUUAUAUGGGAUGGCACUUAUAACAUAGACAUCCUGAAUGCUCAGUUCCACCAGAGAGGUGUCCGGAUCGGCCUCACUGUCUUUGCUAUUAAAAAAUAUGUUCAAUUUAUUCAAGAUUUUCUAGAAUCAUCUGAGAAGUUCUUCAUGGUGGGACACCCGGUAAAUUACUAUGUACUCACCGAUCAGCCCAAUAACAUACCCAACGUUACACUUGGUGAGAGGAGACAACUGAUCGUACUGGUAGCCCCUGCUUACAAGAGAUGGCAAGACAUCACCAUGAGGCGCAUGCAGAUUAUUCGAGAUUACACUCGCGAGCGCUUCGUCCAUGAGGUGGACUAUCUGGUGUGUGCCGACGUGGACAUGAAGUUCACCGACCACGUUGGAGUUGAGAUCUUAAGCGAUGUGUUUGGAACUAUUCAUUCUGGUUUCUUUACGUCAUCACGUAAAGACUUUACCAAUGAACGGCGGCCAGCGUCUGCCGGCUAUAUUCCCUAUGAUGAGGGGGAUUUUUACUAUACAGGCUGCUAUUUUGGGGGCACAGUAGAGGGGAUCUACAAGUUGACUGACCACUGCCACCGCGCCAUGCUGGCAGACAAGAAAAAAUAUGUUGAAGCCCGUUGGCACGAUGAGAGCUAUUUAAAUAGAUAUUUCCUCUAUCACAAACCAACUAAAGUCCUCUCUCCAGAAUAUGCAUGGAACUACUAUUAUGGAGACUCGGCUGUUGUGCAGAAAAAGAGAUUUAUUGAUGUUCCAAAAGAUUAUGCAAAGGUCCGGGACAAGCCGUGAUACCUGGACAAAUGAGGACAACACUUCCAUCUGGUUCAUGAUCUGUCUACUCUCUCCACCAAAAUUUCAAAAUACAAAGUUCAGCAAUGACCUCCUACGCUUGGCGCAGUGGCAAGUGCAAGCUCUCUGAGCCAAGGUGGGCUGGGUGACAAGAAAACCUGCAUCAUAGUAUCCCUGUCAUAGGACCAAAUGAUGCCACCGGAUCAAUGUCCAUUAUGGUCAGAUUUGUGAUGAUCCAAAUUGUGUGACACACUCUACAGCCAUCUAGUGCA